GACCCUGUUUUGACAGUAAUUUGAGCCUGGCCCUUUUGUGCAUGUUUCCUUGGACACCAGAAACAAGAAGCGUUAACUUCCACCAGGCACGCAAUGAUUGCUGCGCUCUAAUCUUCUGUCCAGGGCUAUGAGGGGCCUAUUAACCACACGAGAGCAGAAUGGCUGGAGAGAACUGAUCUACAAGGAGGCCUCUUGCAGGGUCAACUGGAAGGCAAAAUAUGGGCAUAAAUACCCCAGGCGGCUUCCUGACAUGGGCAUUUCUAGAAGGAGAUGCUUCUUACCUCCCAUCAGUCCCGCCAGGGAGGAGACGAGCUUUCCCAGUUGUGAAGAAAGCACUACGCCAAAACAGCAGCAGGAGCUGCCAGAGGAGAAGCCAGGGCUGACCCUUCAGGAACCCCUUCCAGAGAUGAGGGCUCCAAACCUGCAGACAACUCAGCUGCUGUACCAGGGCAUCUCCCACGAUGGCAAAGGCAGAAAGCUCUACCUCAAAGAGAGAAACGCAAAAGGCCCCGAAGAUAAAUUCAAUUACCCAGUGCUGUCGUCAUGGGAGUAUGGCUGGCGCUUAGGGGAUGUUGUUAAAGACAUCAGGACACCAAUUCAUGGCAAAUCCCGAAUUGUAAAGGAUACUUUCUACUUCAGAAAUGGAGUCUUCUAUCAUCCAUCAAAAACUGACAAGCUGUCAUGAAUACUGAAGCCAGCUGAAAUGUGGAAAUGUUUGCGAAAUGUUGCCUAGCAUGGAUAUUUGUUGUGGUGCUGGAUCGCGCAAACUCUAUAAUUAUUUCUUCCAUAAUUAUUCUUUCCGAUUUAAAGCCUGCCUCCAGCCUUGCUCUCUUUCUGUAAUCUCUGUGUAGUAUUUGUUGCACAAUGGAUUCCCAGUAAAUCUGAAUUUGUUGGAGUAACUU